CUAGAGUGCAGAUGUAUCGUGAUAUAGUUAGUGUUAUUUGAGAUGUGUUUAUAUUUAUAAAAAAUAAUUUAUGAAAUGUAUAAUGUGAAAUAAUAUUACAGAUUAUAUUUUUUAUAAAAUUCAUUAAUUAUAAUUUUAUAAAAAUGGAAGAAUUUUUACGAAACAUAGGUGUAGGAUUAAGACCUAUCAACGAUUCAUUUUUUGAGGAUUCGUAUAAUGCUUGUAAAAUAUUUCAACGAAAAGGUGUUACUGUUGAAGAUGAUGAGGAAUUGUGUCAUGAAGUAAUAAGAGAAUUCCCUUGUUACGUUACUGGUUGUAAAGCAAUAUUUCAUACAUUGAUUGAUUUUGAAAUGCAUUAUAAUAGCAAUCAUCGAUAUGUCUGUAUAGAAUGUAAAAAAUCUUUGCCAAAUCCUAGAUUAUUAGAUAUUCAUAUUCAAGAAAUACAUGAUAGUUUCUUUCAAGUUUUAUCCAUGAAGAAACCAAUGUAUCAAUGUUAUGUUUCGGAGUGUGAUUUGAAAUUUAAUAAUUCACUUGAAAGAAAGGAUCAUUGUAUCAAUGUACAUAAAUUUCCUAAGAAUUUCAGAUUUGAUAAUACUUCACAUUGUAUAAAAGAUAAAUCAAAAGAUAAAAUGGAUAUUGAUGAAUCCGAAUAUGAAAAGAAAGAACAAAAAUCCAAAAAAAUACAAUUAAAUAAAAAUCAAAAGACUAAAAUGUUUGCAGCUGCAGCAAAAAAUAUACCAUCAACAAAUUUUAAUAUUAGUUCAUUAAAUUCUUCAAAUAUUAUUACAGGAGCAAACUCAUUACAUUUUAUUCCUAGACAAGUUCAAAAAUCAUAUACAAAAGCACUUACUAAAAAUCAAACUAAUGAGAAAAAUGUAUUAGAAACAGCUAGCAUGUUGGAUUUGGCUGAUUCAUUACCAGCUUCAUGAGUAUAUUAGUAUAUAUAUAUAUAUAUAUAUAUAUAUAUAUGUACAUAAAUAUUUUAUAAUAAUUAGUAUUUUUUUAAUAUUCUUUUAUUAUAAAUAUAUUUUAAAUAUCACAAUAAUCUUUGUAUAUACAAUUAAACUUACAAAUAAUUUUUAUUUUAUCAUUUAUUUACAUAUUUAUGAUUUGCUAUAUUACAAUAGAAUUAUGUACACUAAUUUUAAAAUUAGUUUAGUCCUGAGUUGUUUCUAAUAUAUUGAACAUUUUUAUAGAGUAUGUAUAAAAUUUAUUUAAAAUUUUUUAAUUUUAUUAAGUAUUAUUAUUUAAGUAUUACUAAUUAUUAUGUAAUUUACAAUUGUCAAAUAAAAUAAUGUUUGUUUGUACUUUGUACUUAAUAAUAAUAUUGUGUAUUGAAU